CUAAUUAGACUUUGCGCGAUCGAUCAGAACAACCUUAUUCCUGAUGCCCAGCCACGAAAAGACAAAAGCAAGCCGUGCUAAGCCAAGUGUAGGGGCCAAGUCUACCACAGCCGCGAUCAAUGCUCAAGCAGAAUCCCCCAAAUACACUGCGAAGAACAGUAUUGUCAUGACAAAGACUGCAGGUGGAAAUAUUAGCGAAUUUCCCUUUGAGUUUACUAAAGAUUCAAAAUACUUCUUUUCAUGCGUUGGAUCGUGUGUUAAGGUCUUCAGCGUGGCCACUGGAGCAGUUGUGAAGGUACUGUCGCGAUCUCCUGCUUCUGGAGGCCACAAUUCAAAGAUCACUCGGGUAAUUCUCAACCCAAAAAACCCCAUGCAACUUUAUUCGGCAAGUUUGGAUGGAACCAUCAAAUUGUGGGAUUACAAUGACGAGAUUCUUCUAAAGACAUAUCGUAUCGGUGCUCCUAUUGAAUUUAUGGUUAUUUCUGCUGUGCGUCCUGAAGAAGCUUACAUCGUAGUUAACAAAGAAAACUCUGCAGUAGCCGAGAAGAAGGAAAAGAAUGAAAAAAUUGUCUAUCGGUAUGCACUUGAUAGUGACCUUCCAUUGACGUCUCAGGAUCGAUUGCGGUGGAUUACAGCUAUCCCAGAAUGUCAUUGCGUAGAUGUAUCAAAUGACGGACGCUUUGUAGCGAUGGCAGGAAAGAACAAAUGUGUAAUUUGGAAUGUUACUGAAGGUGAAGAGCGUGUUUCAGAAUCUGAAUUACACAGCUAUACAUUCAAGGACCUCCCUACAGUCUUGGCAUUUAGCCCAGACAACACAUUUAUCGCCAUUGGUCACCAAAGUGGUCGUAUCACACUGCAAUAUUGCCUUGUCCCUGGUACAGAGCACAAGCCUUUGUUGUCUGUGUUGCAUUGGCACCAUUUGCCUGUAAAGGCACUGAGAUUUAUGGGAGAUGGCACUUAUUUGAUGUCUGGUGGUGAAGAGGCAGUAUUAGUCAUUUGGCAGCUGGAAACAGAUCUCAAACAGUUCUUACCUCGUCUUGGAGGCAGCAUCACAUCGAUCAACAUUUCGCCCAACCACAAAUACUACUCGGUUGGACUAGCUGACAAUUCAAUUCGUCUCAUCAACUCUAUUUCGCAAAAUAUUGAACAAGCGAUCCAGGGUCUCCAAUAUGCUCAGACUGAAUCAAAUCGUCUGCCGCUUACCACCGGACUUAUGGUUGAACCACGCAACAAUAACAUUGUACUUAAUGGUGUGCCAGGAAGUAUUCAAUUCUAUAACACCCAAGGAGAUCACCACGUUAUGGACCUCGAAGUUGCACCUACAAACCUCAUUGCACGCAAGGAAAUCAACGAAAUCAUUAUAACAUCUAAUGUAGAACACGUUGCAUUCUUACCCCGCGGUGAGUGGAUGGCAACAGUCGAUAUGCGUGACGACGGAGAGACAACUGUAGAACUCUACCUUAAAUUCUGGCAGUGGAACCCUAACAGUCAAUCAUACGCACUACACACCCGUGUCGAUUAUCCCCACGCACAGCCUAUCACAUCACUCACUUUUUCACCUUCUUCUCGUCACGGUCCUAUGGCAAUCACCACCUCUGCAGACAAAACCUUUAAGGUGUGGGUUCUAUCAACGGAGCGUGAGGUUGUUUGGACUUGUCGCUCUGUUGGUGCUUACCGUGACAGUCCUGCCACUGGAGCGGCAUUCUCUGACGAUGGUAGUAUCCUGGCUGUAUCAUUUGGCUCAAUGCUCACUCUCUGGGAUCCUUAUGAAAAUACCCUUCAGGGUAUUCUUUCCCAACCAUGUGAUGAUGAAGCAAUUGAACAUGUCGCUUUCUUGGGUGACAGUCCUUAUGUACUGACAGCUACAAAGACACACUUUUAUGUGUGGAAUAUGCUGACCUGCUCCGUUUGGUGGAGUUACCGAUGCCCUGUUGAUAAGCUCGCUGUCGACCCAUUGAGCGGAAGAAUUGCCAUUGUACACAACGUUGGUACAUAUAGUCGAUUACUCGUGUUUGAAGCCAAAUCAGGGUUACCUCUUGCUAUCCACACCAUUUCUCACCGGUGUGCAGCUGUCACUUGGAUCCCACAAAAUGAAUCCGCUGAUCGUGAGACUAAAUCCAGUAAUAUUACCAUCCUUGAUGUUAAUCAUGACCUUAUUAUGUUGGCCAUCGUACCUGCUUCUAAGGCCAGUGCUGUUUCUACUGCUGCAGCAGAAGAUUUAUCAACAAAAACGACAAUCGAGUCUGGCGAAACUUCGGGAAUUCUUGACAGCAUGUUCGGUGAGCGUCGUGAUAUACGCGAGGAGGAAAGAGAGCAGGAAGAGCUGAGGCUGAAGACUGCAAUUCACCUUCGAGAAGAAGCUAUGAAGCAAUCUAGAAGAGAGCGACGACACAAAUCUGAAGAGUCUGCAGAUCCCACUGGACUAAAGGCUCCUAGCCACGUUUUGCCACAUGUUGAAACUAUCUUUGAAACCUUUAUGGGUAGCUUAAUGCGCCUUCGCAUCAACAACGACUCGGUACAAGAUGCUGGUAUGGAUAUCGAUACUGAGUCUUCCUCCGAGCCAAUAAAGCUCCCCAUCGCAGACGUAGACACCACUUUCAUUCCCUCUGAAGACUUUACAUCAUUAACCGCAUACUUUUCUACAAUCAAAUCAAAGGCACCUCCAAAAAAUGCUUCCGAGACAGCCGCAUCGUCCUCUGAAAAUGAAGAUACCGACGACGAUGAAGAUGCAUCUCAAAUCGACUGGUAGAAAAUAAUAAUAAUAACUACGACAACAACAACAACAACAAAUGUGAUAGAUUAAACAAAAAUUGAACCUCUUUAUAUAUAAAACAAACAAACAAGCAAAAGACAUAUAUGUGUAGUGUGUCUG